AUGCUGGAGCAGCUCCUGAUCCACCAGCCAGCGGACCCCAUCCCCUUCAUGAUCAAUCACCUGCGCCGGAACAAUGACAAUGUGCCGAAGGUCGUGAUACUAGGUCCGCCUGCCUCAGGGAAAACCACCAUUGCAAUGUGGCUCUGCAAACAUCUCAACAGCAAUCUAAUCACCAAGGAUAACUUGUUAGGAAAAGAGUUUUCUUGUCUGGCUGAGGAAGCCAAGAGACACUACCAGAUUUAUAAGAUGAUUCCCAAUUCAAUACUUAUCGGCCUGGUCCAGGAGCGCCUGAAUGAGGAUGACUGCCUCAGGAAGGGCUGGAUCCUGGAUGGCAUCCCUGAGAGGCGGGAGCAGGCACUGAUGAUCCAGACUGUGGGGCUGGCGCCCAAGCAUGUCAUUGUGCUUAAUGCUCCAGACACAGUCCUGAUUGAGAGAAAUGUGGGGAAGCGGAUUGACCCUGUCACUGGAGAGAUUUACCACACCACCUUUGACUGGCCCCCUGAGCCUGACAUACAGAACCGGCUGGUAGAGCCAGAGGGCAUCUCAGAGAUAGAGACAGCGAAGAAGCUGCUAGAAUACCACAGAAACAUCAUCAGAAUUCUUCCUUCUUACCCGAACAUCCUGAAAAACAUCAGUGCAGACCAACCAUGUGUGGACGUCUUCUACCAGGCUCUGACCUACGUCCAAACUGGACGCCGAUGCAAUGCCCCGUUCACCCCCAAGGUGCUGCUAUGUGGGCCAUUGGGCAGUGGGAAGAGCUUGCAGGCAGCCCUUCUGGCCCAGAGAUACGGCCUUGUUGACAUCUGCUGCGGGCAGCUGCUGAAGGAAGCUGUGGCGGCCAAGACAAGCUUCGGGGAACUCAUCCAGCCAUUCUUUGAAAAGAGGAUGACAGUGCCAGACAGUAUCAUCACCAAGGCUCUGGCUGAUCGUCUGGACCAACAAGACUGCAUCCAGAAAGGAUGGGUGCUGCACGGCUUCCCAAGAGACCUGGACCAGGCACAGAUGCUGACCUCUAUGGGCUACAGUCCUAACAG